AUGCCCUGGGUUCACACUGGUAGCACGACGCCGGAUGACGAUGUGUUCCAGGAAUUAUCCCGGAGCAUGGUCUCUCUCAUGGCACUCAACGGAACGGCGCCCUGUGCCGGCAAGCCGCCCAUCGGGGCCAAUAACGAAGGCUUCGCCAAUGGUGCCUCGUUCUCGCGCAUCAGCGGCAGCUUGGCCGAUUACGCCUAUGCCUACGAGGGUUCGCUACCGCUCAGCGUCUUCAUCGGCUGCUGCAAGUACGACGAGCCGCGCUCCCUCAAGGGCCACUUCGAGAAGACUCGUGGGCCCCUACUCAAACUUCUGCGAAUGGCCGACAGAGGUGUCCGAGGCACCAUUACCAACCGACGGGGCGAGCCUGUGGCGGGUGCCCUGCUCGCCAUCAACAACAGGUCGGUCGGGUUCCGCAGCAACCAGUUCGGCGAGUUCUGGAGGAUGCUGCUUCCUGGUUUCUAUAUGCUCCUGGGAGAGGCCAAGGAUUCGAAUGGUGUGGACCUGUGGGACAACCCUAUCCUGUAG